AUGAAUUUGCCAAACCUCAAACAGUACUAUCAUGCAACUGUACUUAGCAGCAUUAUCCAAACACGACCAGGCGCACAAGCACCUCAAUGGAAGCACAUAGAAGCAGAAUGGGCCAAUAAUAUUAGCACUGACAACUUAAUAUGGAUACCGAAACUUAACCGGCCUUACCUACAAGAUUGCCUACCAACCACAACAUUAUCACUAAAAAUAUGGGAUGGGGUCCGUCCCCUCCUAACAAAUAACUCAAUCCUUUCCAAAGCCAUGCCACUUAAAUCAAUAGCACACAUUAUCCCAGAUUUUAACUACAGAAUAUGGGAAAGACACGGCAUACAAUUUCUACACCAGAUACUCACUAACACAGGACUAGCAACCUUCGCCUCACUACAGAACUCACAUAAGCUCCCAACGGUAGCACAUUAUUCCUACCGCCAACUAGACUCAUGGUUGCGCAUACAAAUUCAGGAGCAAACAAUUAACAUUCAGGCACAAAAGAUGACAGAAUUUGAGGAAAUGUAUAUUAGCCCCACACCGUCCCAGAAAAUCAUAUCCUCUAUCUACACAACACUACCCACAAAAUGCAAAUUGCACGAACACAGAUUUAUCAAAGCGUGGGAAACAGAAAUCCACCAAAAAUUUACUGAGCCGGAAUGGGAACGUAUGAUCCUAACCCCCAAAUCCUUCACGUUAUGCUCAAAACACAUAGAGCUUGCCAAAAAACUCCUGUAUAGAUGGUACCUCACGCCCAUACGGCUACACAAAUAUAAUCAAUCCCUUCCAAUACAAUGCUGGAGAUGCAAAUCAGACACAGGAACAAUGGCACACAUAUGGUGGACCUGCCCAUACUUGCAACAAUACUGGAAAGACAUAUCCCAAAUUAUCACACACAGUACAGGAUGCACCCUACCUCAUAAUUUGGACAACUAUGUGCUCUUCAAUAUCCCAGAAUCGCUACCUAAACCAGAUAGGUACCUCAUCUUCCAUAUAAAUAUAGUAGCCCUAGGCGCCCUAGCACAAAACUGGCUAUCACAAACCAUACCCUCCAUCCCCAUGUGCAUACAACAAAUAAGCCACGCGGGCCACUUUGAAUCCACAAUGAGAAGGCAAACCACCUCUCCCAACAAACCACACAAACAGUACCGAAGAUACUGGGAAAUAGCAUGGGAUAAGUGGGAAACAUACAAAGUGACACAACAGGGAACCUCCCAUCAUGAGCUGACGUCAUGCUGA